ACUUCUUCAAGAACCUUUUCAAACCUCAUAUUCAGCUGUAUUUCCCUGAACCAUAUUGUCUUUGUCUGGGAGCGGGGUCCCCCAAAGUCAGACGAUGCUGCUCCCAACGUUAUCCCCGACCUCCGGUUUGUUAUAACAGUUAUCGAUAGCUACACCUGUUGGCAUUUGCUAACGUCACAGUCGGUCUUCCACUAAGAAAAACCAUCCUGGCCCAGUAUUCCGAGCCAACAGUGCCAAACAACCUUACCGUACGGAGCGGUCACUCCCUGUGGUCAUUGACCAACUUGUAGGACACUCAGAGGCAGUGUCCGUGUAACUUACAUUUGAAGUCGGGCCAAAGGAUUGUAUAUAUGUAGGUAGCUGUGUGACAGGCAGUGUUUGUUUCCAAUUGGAAUCCCGGGCGAGAAGUAAUGUUCCCGCAUUGGCAAGAGUAUCGUCGCCGAUUGGAGCGUGAACGGUACUACACUCAGGCAGUGGAACUGCCCUCCGCCGCGUCCACAACGACUUCCAACAUGGCGGCCACAACGUCGGGGGGGAAACUAGCUCAGGAGAUACACGACGAAUUUCUCACCUGUAAAAUCUGUCUGGAAGGUUUCAAGUCACCGAAAUGCCUCGACUGUUUGCACACCUUCUGUGAGCAAUGUAUCGAUAACCAUGUGAUGUCAGAAUGCACCUACAAGAAAUACAGCGACUACAGGGAGUUUACCUGCCCUCUCUGCCGGAAACGAACCCAGCUGCCGAUAGGGGGCGUGAAGAAACUUCCGGACAACUUCCUGGUUUCAAGUCUGGGCGAGACAAUCUCAAGGCAGCGCCCUUCCAAGUUUCCAUUUUGCGAUAUAUGCAAGUUGGUGAACCGCAAGCAUAGAGAAGCUACCUCGAAGUGUCUGGAUUGUAACAAGCUUCUGUGUAAGCAAUGCGUCGACCUACACAAGGAGACGAAGGUGACGAAAAGUCACAGUCUGUUUGACGUGGAGAUAGAGAAGGACAUUGAGUGCAAAGAGCACAAAGAUGAGGUAGUCCGCUUCUACUGUGAGCCCUGCGAAGCGUGCAUCUGUGUCCUGUGCACAUUCAACGAACACAAAGACCACGACAUAUCACAGUUCUCAGACGCUGUCAUAAAGUACAAGGAGGCCAUCCAAAGCCUCCUCGGCAACUGCAAGGGCAGGAUCGACGUCUACGACGCUCAGCUGACCCUCCUCAGUAAAUGCGAGACUGUCAUCAAGGCUGCCGAACAAAAGAUUCGAGACGUAGCGAUCCAGUUCAUCAGCGAGAUCAGGAACAAAGAGAAGGUUCUGAUCGACGACCUGCAUACACUGUACGGCAAGGAACUGAUGGAAUACGUGUCCAGGAGGUCAGAGAUGCAGGCAAACCUCGAUGGCUUAAAGAGCACCUGCAGCCUCACCGAGUUGGUCCUGAAGGGCAAGGACAUCGAGCUGCUCCUCCUCAAGAAACAGGUGCAGGAAAAACUUUCCUGUUUGUCGGAUAUCGAAAUCAAGGACCUGCCCAAAACGGUCAGCAAGGUCGUGAACUUUAACCCCGGAACCUUGGAUAUAGGCAUGCUGGAGGAUGCCGAUAAUGUGAAUCAGAAACUACCGUCACAGAGGCCUCAAGCUGGUAAGACAGAGUUGCACAUCAAGACGACGGAAACACAGACAGACGCGCCUGUCAAGGUACAAAUGUGCAAUAGAUGCCUACAGACGGACGUUCCUCAGGAGCCUGAGCCAUCUCCAACCAUUGACAAGUAUAUAGCAACGGAUUCUAUCGACACCUCGGAGAAAGCCGUCAACACAAGAUCUCGUUACAGCAACCAGGUGAGGGAAGACACGCCCCCGGAAGUGACGUCACCAGAACCGACGUCGUCUCCCAUCCCCCGGAGACACCGUCGACGCAGAGAGCGCCCGCGUCCCGUGGAGGUAUCAGUUAGGCCGACAACCAACUCGCCCGAAUACACGCCGUAUUCGUUCAGCAGCAGCAUCGACGACAAUUUUUACGACGCCUCCAGCAACAGCAACGCGACAUCGUCGCCGGUGUAGGUCAAACAAGUAAACCAAGUUACACAAAGAAAAAAAGUAUUAAGUUUAACACUCCAACUUUACGUUUCGAACACGCUGUCGUUUCGAAGUGGUCACGUGGCUUGUCACGUGACCACAGUCACGUUAUGAACUUUUGAAGCUGUGUGAAAGUUCGAGUUAAAGCGUACCAUGUCUAGAAGGGAUGGUGUGAUGUAUCCGUGAAAUGUUUCGUGUCAGAAUGAGUGAAGCAACUGGCAUUCAGCAUAUCAACCCCUGUACAUAAUGUAUGUAGUGACACGUAUUUGUAUCUAUACGACUAAGUUACCGUAAUUUAUUCAUUCUGUAUUAUCAUAAAUCAAAACCGUUUCGAACUAUAUAUACUAGUAUCACUACCACAGCGUCAACAAAUCCUCAAAAGGAAGAGGUUCCAAUGGAACGGACACUUGUGAAAAAUAACAGUCCAGGAAUAUUUUCUGGCAUGUGUUCAGAUGUGCACUACGGAGAGACGACCAGUUUCGUUGUUUUUAUGUAUUUUAUUUUCUACAGAUUCUUCUAGUGCUCUGUGAUAUACACAAUCAAAAGAAAUGAGGCGCUAUGGCUGAAUUUAAAUGUACGCUCGUAGACAGACGGAACGAAUACGUUCAAACAACUCGUGAUAUUGACCAGUGGAUUAAAAUGUGUUUACAUCAGCAUGACGUCACAAAAUGUACUGACGUUCUUCGUCAAGCAGAUGACGUCACGUUAUACGUUAGAUAUAACGUUAUUGAGGACAUUUUGUGUUGAUGUAUGAUAUAUACCGUGUUAGGAUGACGUCAUCAUGACGUAUGGUUCGUUGGUAGAGAUGACUGGGGAAUGUUAGCCGCGUUGCUGCUGUGACGUAUGGGAAACUACUGCUACACAAACACUGGUAUUAUGUGAUAGUUCCAAAGAUAACGUACUUUAUCCCUCUUAAGAUGCAAACAGUAUUAUCUCCCUGAUACAGGCGACACAGUUGCCUGUGUACAUCACCUCCUCCAGUCAUAGUCCUCCACAAUGUUCGUUUUACAAUCAAAUCUAUAUUUUGAUUAAGAAAAUAUUAUGUUCAUUAGAAACAUCAAUGGGUUUUUUUCAUUUAAGUAAGCUACCGAAAGCAAAAUUAUUUUCAUGAGUGAUAAGGUUUUAAAAAAAUAGUAAUUUUUUCAUAAAAAGCUACGCAAUUCCUCUGUUUUAAUACCCCUUCAGAGUGAGAAAUAAUUGACCAAAGGCGUGAGACCGAACGUGUGUAAAAUAAAUAUGAUGCUGUGAUGUAGCAUAA